AUGACUGGCCGUGGCAAAGGAAGCAAAGGAUUGGGCAAAGGAGGCGCCAAGCGUCAUCGUAAAGUCUUGCGUGACAAUAUCCAAGGAAUAACCAAGCCAGCUAUUCGUCGUCUUGCUCGUCGUGGAGGUGUUAAACGUAUAUCUGAAUUAAUCUACGAAGAAACUCGUGCUGUACUCAAAAUGUUCCUUGAAAACAUCAUCCGUGACUCAGUCACAUACAUUGAGCACGCCAAGAGAAAAACAGUCACUGCCAUGGACGUCGUCUACGCGUUGAAACGUCAAGGACGCACACUCUAUAUGGUUUUGGAGAAUAGACACCUUGACUAG